AUGUUCGGGCUCUCUGCGAUACUACUCCGAUGCUGGAAACGACCGGCGGGUGAGCCGGCCGAUGCAAAGCCACUGCUGGGUGACGACGAACCCAUCCACAAGAAAAAGAAAAGAACACGCGGAGAAAAGGGAAAGCCUCAAAAGGCGAUCUCCAUCAGCGCUACGGAGGUGAAGUCGGUUACCGACUCCGAUUGCCCCAUCUGCUUCGAAGCCGUCGGCAGACGAAAUCAAGACGGGUACCUGGAGAAAUGGAUAUACCUACCGUGCGGGCACCGUUUCGGCAGCGCGUGCCUGGUAGACUGGCUCCUCGGCGAAGACAACCAGGAGCACUCGUGCCCCACGUGCCGGCGCAAUUACCAGUGCAGAUGCCGGCACCUCUGGCUACCGCAGACGUCCCUGCGCAAGUCGGACCGCAAGCGCCUCGCCCAGUGCGACCCCGAGGACCCCGUGCCGGAGGUAUGCGACUUCUGCGACGUGCGUCUUCGGAAGGUCAUCCCCAGGAUGUGGGAUCACACUACGAUGGAGGCGCUUCGUCGGCCUGAGCUGUGGGCAUUCGACGAAGGGAUCAUGUCGAUUCCACCGCAGGCGCCCAGGUUUCCGGCUUGCGAAUCGCACCACGACGUCUUGUGGAAGGCGUGGUAUGAGGCGAAGCUUCAGAGGCUGAAAGGACAUCGCCGGUGGCCUCGGGAUAGCUGCAUGCACAGAAAGUGA